AUGCAAACGACUUGGACCGAGCCGCGAAUUCUUGAUGCCGACUCUAAAAGCCUUUGUAGAGCGUCUUCUGUCCUUUUGCAAGGUGUUCCAUUCGGAAUUCCCAUGGAUACUGUGCGUGAUAAAAUCCAAAGAGUUUCCGGAAUUUUAUCCGUUCAUGAAUUACAUGUGUGGCAACUUUCUAAUACGAAACAUAUUGCCUCUGUUCAUGUCAGAUUGUUACCAUCUGUUGAUUAUAUGGGUUUAAUUACCAAAGUUAAAAAUAUACUCCAUACGUAUGGUAUACACUCUACGACCAUACAACCAGAAUUUGAAGAAUUGGCAU